GAGGCGGGCGGCGCCAUCUUAAGCCUCGGCGAGCCUCGCCCUCCUCGCCGCCGCCGCGAUGGCGUCACAAAGGGGCGGAGCCACGUGGCGCCGGGAGCCCGGUCGGGAGAGCCGAGGAAGAAGAGGAGGCGGAGGCGGCGGAGGCGAAGGCGCCGGCCAUGGGGCAGUGCGGGAUCACGUCCUCCAAGACCGUCCUCGUCUUCCUCAACCUCAUCUUCUGGGUGAGGCGCCGCGCGAGGGGGAGGGCCGCUCCCCGCCCUGUUCAGACACGCGUGUAAAGUACACGUGUGGACGCUGCACACGCGGGGCAGACCCUCCCAGGCCUGAAUGGCGAGGGGUCCCCGGGGGACGCGGCUCUUUCUCGCCCGGGCUCCGGUCGCGGGACUCUCCGGUCGGGAAAGGCGGGCCCCGCAGAGGCCGCAAGAGCCGCCUGGGACAGCCCCUGCCCUCCGGGGCUGGGAGGGGUUCGCGGGGCCUCAAAUUCUCGCCCCACCGUUUUCGCUCCUCGGAAGAGAGGUUGGGUUAGGGGAGAAUCCAAGGCCGCCUCGGCCGGCGGGCCGGAGAAAGAGGCUUGUGUGGACCCAGCUGAGGUCCCGCCCCGCUGGCUUCCCCGCUUCAUCCUUCGCCAGAGCUGGGAGAAGGGAAGAGGCAACCCGGCGCUGUUCUUGGCGCCUGCCGGAGAGGGGGGGAAGGGGGUCUGCCCCAAACCUGGACAAGGUGCGGGGGUGGCAGGGGUGGCAUUUAGGAUUAGGUCGGGCACAAAGUGGGCACAAUUUCAAGACUGGCCCUGUGUUCUGCUUACAUAAAUGGUUUGUGCCAAUUUUUUAUUCCCCCUCAUAUUUAAAUUUAUAUCCAGCUGAGCUCAGACUUUUUUGGGGGGGAGGAGCUGUUGUCAAUAUUAAGGUGAUGUGUGCAGGUUAGUAGAACAGCAGUUUAGAAAAAAAUACCUAUAGAAGAUGGAGAGAUGGGAAGGAAGACAUGAGAUCAGCAUAACCUAACUUAAGGGAAUACAAUUGAAGAACAUGAUGGCAUGUACAGUAUAACCUUCAAGCGCCAGUGGGCUGGAGUUCAAAUUACUGUAAUGUCAGAUUCAUUAUGCCAGCUGUUUGAAAAAAAGGCUCUGGAAUGCGGUAAUACUAUAUUAAUAAGCAAAAAUAACAUUGCUAUAAAUAGUACUUCUACAGUUCAGUUGUUACCCACUUCUAGUCCUUUCAGUGUUAUGUGGCAUGUUUCUUUGGCAGCUCUCAGUAAGUUUUUCCUGAUUUUCUUCUACUUGUUUUGGUAUGGCAGUAUGAACAGAUGCCAAUAAAAAAAUACAACAUUAGGCAGUUUCAAAGUUUUUAGUUUUGUUUACCAAAUAAAAGUAAAAUAAUCAUGCUACGUUAGAUCACACUUUAGUCUAGGACAUCAGAAAAUUUUCCAGUUCAAAGGAAAAAAAUAUUGUGCUAUUUGUACAAAUAUAUAUAUAUAUAUACACACACACACUCCUGGCCUUACCUGGAGAUGCCAGGGAUUGAAUCUGGGACGCUCUGCAUGAAAAUUGGGUGCCCUGCCACUGGGCAAUGAUCCUUCAUCAUCAAACGUCCCAGAUAAGAUUAGGGUACAGUAGUUUGCAGCAGCAGAAAUAUAGUUGCAGACGGAAACAUUUGUGCCACAGCUGUUUUUAGAUCAUAGAGGUGAUUUUGUAUACAAGGGAAAAGUAGAAUUAAAGAAAUACAAGUAAAAAAGUCAAAAUAAACCAAGCUAUAAUUUAAAGCCUAGAAAAGUAAGCAAACCAGUGUUAGAAACUGGAACAGAAAAGCUAUUUGCCUCCUGGAACCUGGGUUACAGGAGCAAAAAUAGAAUGGCUAGUUGCCACCCCCCCCCCCAGAUGUGGGAGCACUUUCAAUGUUUUUGAAACACCUGAACACAAUUCAUAUCAGUGACACAUUGUUAAUAUCACAUUUUUAAGAGCAAUUCUUAAUUGGACGCCACAAACAUAAAUGGGGCUCGGCUUCAGCAAUAGUGGUCCACCAUAAGUAUUUGUAAAUACUAGGGUGGUGUGUAUAUAUAUGUAUGUGUCACACACACACACACACACACACUUAGCCAAUUGUGUUCACAAUGGAGUCUCUUCAGCAUGUAAAAAGGCUUUCUGGGGAGGGAAUGCCAGAUGCUCAGCUGCAGAAACCUUGCAGCAGGAAAUCUCCGCUUGGUUCCAAGGGGGCUUUCCUGAGUCGCCAAAGGUGCCUGGUUGGUUUCAAACACUGAGGCAAAUGCAAGGCUUUUUUAAAAAAAAUGCCUUAUAAAAGAUUUCAACCAGACCAUUGUGUGCUUAAAGUGCCGAGCAAUGUGCUUCUCUAGAAGGCAGGAUUUUGAAAGAUGUAUGGGAUACAGUGGACACUAUUAUACGGUGGUCAGCUUUUCUUUUGCGCUGAGAUGAGAAGGGAUGGCUCAUCCUUUGUUUCCAAGUUAGUGUUGCUCUGAAGGCAAUAUUGCUGCUGAGCUAGGUGCAUUGUUCAGUUCUCUGGGAAUUUCAGAAAAUCUGUAAGCGAAGGAUAGAAAUAACUUGGCCUGUAUCAAUUUAGAGCUAGUGGGAAUGUUGCAUUUCAAACUACCUGUUGUUGUGUAAAAACAUUUGAGUUAAAGCUGUUGUCGAUAGGUAAUUCUAAGACUCUGGGGAGGCGGAGGCCUAGGUGGGCUGAGCUGCCUUGGAGUAGCAGUUCCGAUAUUGACAAAAAAGUCACUGUAUAUUUCAGGAGGGUUUCUGGUAUUCAAAUCCAUUUUUCUCUGCAACUAGGAGAAACUACUGUAGUCUGAAAAAUGACAGUGGAAACAUGCUAGGUUUUUUUCAUCACAGGCUAGGGGAAAUUAGGAAAUUCAUCUGCUAUUUUAACUGGAGAUGGUGCCUCUUUUAUAUACAAGAAUUGGAGCUUGUCAAAUUAAUAGGCAGUAGAGUUGGGUUACUAAAGACAAUAGAAAACACUUCCCACAAUUCAUAUGGAAUUUAUUACCACAGCAUGAUGGGAUGGCUUUAGAAGGCGAUUUGACAAAUGAGUGGAGGAAGAGAGCACUUUCUGUACUGGAGGCAAAUGGAACCCCCUUGUUUAGAGGCAGGUGUGCAGGAUACAGUUUGCCAGAGGAGGGGUGGGCAAAAGUAAGAAAGGGCAACCACCUUCAUGCCCAGUUUGUGGUUGGCCUCUCUGACAAAGAGGACGCUAGACUAGGUAGAUACCCUGCUUUGUACGUUCUUAUUAAAUUUUCACAGGGGCACAUUUAGUACAGAAUAGGGACACAUUUACUCCCCUAACCCUUGGUCAACCAGUGCAUCCUUAGAUAUUUUAUAUCUAUCUCACCAUGGUUUAAUAUGUGUAGCUAUUAAGAUCUUGCUAUUUAACAAAUUUGAUUUAAGAAAUGUAAAAACACACCAGAGCAUUACAGAACAGACAGUUGGAAGUUCUCUGCAGAUUUUAAAAAAUUGUUUUCUUGGCGGCUUUUCUACCAUACAGCUCACAAAGGUGUUGCGUUGUACAAAACAAUUGCAGCACAUUCCUUAAUAGCUUUGCGUGUAUACUAGUUUAGUUUGGCUCCUGUCUGGGUUCAGCGUAGUGCUGCAAAGGUGCACCAAAUAAGAUUGAUUAGUACCUGAGCCUAUGAAUUAUUACUAAGAUUGAAACUUGAGAACUACAGCUAAUGUUCUCUCCUCCUCUUCAAAACUGAACUAGUGUAAUGUGAACACCAUUUGAGAGCAGUGAGCUCCUAAGGCAGAACAAGUGGCUCACAGUUGCUUAGACGUGCAUCAGUUUCUGUUGACCUGGAGCAUGCUGUUUCUCUUGGGAUCUUGCUGGGCACCUUUUCUUUCAUGGCAGCCUUGAACUGCAUGUAACUUCAUCUUGGAAGAAGCUUGCUGUGGGCUGCAUUGUUCUUAUGCAGAUCAAGGAAGCUGGUAGUGCUGAAGAGCCAGCUCAGGUUACAAAGUGAACAGAAGAGAAUGAGGCUAUUGUUGUCCUGCUUACCUUUCUUUCCCAUUCUUCCCUCCCCCUCCCCCCAUUUCCUCUUGCCACUCAUUGGGAGUUUUUUCAGUACUAAGCCAGAGGUUUUAAACCUUUUUGAGUUCCUGGCUCCCUUGACCAGCUACAUUUUUUUUUUGCAGCUCCUCUGUGGAGAAAGCAGUUCUUUAAAGGGCAAAAUGCAUUUGCAAAUGAUACCUGUUCCAUCUGAUUCUGGUAAUCUUGGGUCAGAGACUGUAUGACUCUGAAUACCAGUUCUUGGGACAUAAUAGCAUAAGAGGGCUUUUGCCUUUAUAUCCUUCCUAUGACAUCUGGUUGACUUAUUAGUGGAAAUGGCACGCUGGACAAUGUUCCAGCAGGGCAUUUCUGUUUUGUGAUGCUUUUUACAAAACAACAACUGCUGUAGUUUUGAACUGGAUUUCAGUCAAGAGAUGAGAAUGGGGCUUGUCUCUUAGUAUUGACAACCUUUAUAUGAUGAGAAAUGUAUUCAGUGUACAUGUGUGGACAUAAUUUGAAGCCCAGGCUGCAUCAGUGGUUGCAGUGCCUGCAACAGGCAUUCCCAAACUGCUUUCCACGAACCAUCAGUGGUCAGCAGCCCUAUUGACCAGAUGCCCCUUAAAUCUACGUUACAGACGCAACAUUGAAAUGUCUAGUCACCUUUUUCCCCUUUAAGAUUACAAAGCAAAAAAUGCUUUUUGUAUAUUGUUGACGUGAAUAUAUUUUACAAUUCAGUCACACAUUUUACCAAUUACAGUAAUCUUUUUUUUAAAAAAACGUGAACUAAUACAGUGGUACCUCGGGUUGCAUACGCUUCAGGUUACAGACUCCGCUAACCCAGAAAUAGUACUUUGGGUUAAGAACUUUGCUUCAGGAUGAGAACAGAAAUUGUGCUCUGGCGGAGCGGCAGCAGCAGGAGGCCCCAUUAGCUGAAGUGGUGCUUCAGGUUAAGAACAGUUUCAGGUUAAGAACAGACCUCCAGAAGGAAUUAAGCACUUAACCCGAGGUACCACUAUACACAGUUCACAUCAGUGACACAUUUGUAAUAUCACAUUUGUAAUAGUAAUUUAAUAGCAAUUGUUAAUUGGACAUCACAAAAAUAAAUGGGGUUUAGCCUCAGCAAUAGUGGCCAUCCAUAAGUAUUUGUAAAUACUGGGGUGUAUGAGUGUAGACAAACACACACACAAACACACAAUUUCAAUCUCUCUCCUCCCCCUCUCUGUGCCAAAUACGUUGUUUCAUUUUCAGCAAGUACUGCAGCCACAGUACUAUUAUAUCAAAAUUCUUGGAAGAACAGGCCUAACAGCACAAUCCUAACCAUUUAUACACAGAAAUAGAUCCUACUGCAAUCAAAAGGGCUUACUUUCAGGCAUAUGGAAUUGGGAUUGCAACCUACCAGUAAUUAUUUUUGAAUAGCGCCUCUCCAGCAACAUGCUUAUGAACACUCCUUUCACAAGAUAGCGUUUUUUGCAGGACUGCCUGUACAGCUGAGUCUUCAAAAUCUUGAUACAUUAAAGGUUGGGCAUACCUGAGAUGCCACAAUUACCAUGGCAAAAUAACUAUGUAAAUGUUAAUGCAUUUUGCAGACCUUCCUUUUAAUAUCCACAAUUUGAGAAUCUCUUAAAACAUUGAAAGAUUAAUGUUAGCACCAUCCUCCCCUCCCCCUUCAUGGAGGCUACGUCCACUCAAGAGUGUUUCCUUGUGUAAAUGCAGCUAAUGGGACCCCAUUAUUAGAGAUUCGUCUCAAUAAAACAACAAGAUGUCAGACUUGUGCUACAGUGGCAUAAAUGAAGCAAACAUUUGUAGACGGCAGCCACCUUCAUUACCUACUUGAUUUGUAAGUUUAAAAUUAAAAAGCAUGACAAUAUCCUUGUGUUCUCUCUAACACAACUGUGUUUCAGUGAUGCUGUGCAUGCAUUUUUUCUGAAGAGCAGAAAUUCUGUGCUGGUAUAGACCCUGUGUGCUCUGCAAGUUUUGCAGCUGUCUUACAAAUGGUUCCGUGAUCUCCUGGUGAGCCCUUUCUUUUCCUUCUGCACAGUCAAUCUAGAAACAGGCCUCUCUUUCAGAUACUUAUGGGAAUCUCCAUGGACACAAGUAUUUGUACUGGCAACUGAAUCCCUGCAUGUUUAAUGAGGGUGCAGCUAAACACUCACUUGGGAUUUCCUCAUGCAAACACACUUAACAUUGUUAACAAUGGCGGCAUUUUUUCCUCUCCGCCAAGCUAAGCAGUUGGUCCCUUAUCUCUCUCGCCCUGACCUAGCCACUGUGAUCCACGCGACGGUCACCUCCAGACUGGAUUAUUGUAACUCGCUCUACGUGGGGCUGCCCUUGAGACUGACCCAGAAACUCCAGCGGGUGCAGAAUGCCGCGGCAAGACUCCUUACGGGGUCUUCGCUGCGAGAUCACAUUCACCCGGUGCUAUACCAGCUGCACUGGCUCCCGGUGGAGUACAGGAUCAGGUUUAAGGUGCUGGUUUUAACCUUUAAAGCCCUAUACGGCCUAGGACCCUCGUACCUACGGGACCGCCUCUCCUGGUGUGCCCCACAGAGGAACUUACGGUCUUCAAAUAAAAACAUUCUGAAGGUCCCAGGCCUCAGAGAGGUUAGGCUGGCCUCAACUAGAGCCAGGGCUUUCUCGGCUGUGGCUCCGAUCUGGUGGAACGCUCUGUCACAAGAGACUAGGGCCCUGCGGGACCUGACAUCUUUCCGCAAGGCCUGCAAGACAGAGUUGUUCCACCAGGCCUUUGGUCAGGGCCCAGCCUGACUCCCUCCUCUGGCAACCUGCACAGAAUUUUGCUUAACGGUUGCCAUUAAUUUGAUUUUAAUUAAUUUUUAUAAUGAAAUGUUUUAGAAUGUUGGAUUAUUUGAUUGUUGUUAGCCGCCCUGAGCCCGGCUUCGGCUGGGGAGGGCGGGAUAUAAAUAAAAUUUAUUAUUAUUACCCUUGAAGAACCAUUAAUAACUAUGAUCAGGUUUGAUGGAUGGAUGAGUGUUUCUGGGCGAUGAGUGCAGAGAUCAAGUUCUCUCCUGGUAGUUCAGGGACAUUGAGUUUUCUGUGAAUGGGAGAAAGUAGAUACCUUUGCUCAAGCCAUAGCCUAUGACUGCUAACAAUCAAAAGGAAUGGUGGUACAGUGGUACCUCAGGUUACAAACACUUCGGGUUACAGACUCCGCUAACCCAGAAGUAGUACCUCAGAACUUUGCCCCAGGAUGAGAACAGAAAUUGGUCGGCAAUGGGAGCCCCAUUAGCUAAAGUGGUACCUCAGGUUAAGAACGGGUUUCAGGUUAAGAGCGGACCUCCAGAACGAAUUAAGUUUGGAACCAGAGGUACCAUUGUAUUUCAGAGACAUGAGUCUUCCCUGUUGGAUUGGAAAUAAUAUAUUGUGGUAUUUUAAUUGACUUCAGAUUGCCGUUUGACUUCUUAGGAGAUAACAUGAAAGAGUCCCCAAAUGUGUGUGACAACUUUGUUUCUAACAUCUGCUCUACUUGGAACAGGUAUUGCUUUUUUUCUUUAAAUAAAAGCCCUUUAAUUCUGCAUGUUUGGAUGCCUCAUUCGGAAGUUUCCCUGAUUUCUGGCCAGUGUGAUUACGUGUUUCUUUAAGCUGGUGUGGGACAGAGCAGAACAACAUGGUGUGACACUGAUUUUGCCAUACUGAUUUAAAAAAAUAAAUGCGUUCGAAAUGAUUUCUACAGACAUUCCACAGUUGCAUUAACUUGAGUCAAACGUAUACUUGACUGGCAUUAUGACUGUGGCAUUUGUUAAACAACUUCGAUAGCCAUGUAUGGACCCAAUCUGAAAUAGCUGUGGUGGGGCUUUGGCAGGUAGCUCAAUGUAGGGUUGGAACACCAGUCAAUUAGCUGCCUGUUUUGUGGUUGGGAGUUAUAUAGUCCAUGAAUCCAAUAAAUACUCUUCCCAUAAGAAGCGACCUUUCCUUUCAAUUGUAUUAUGGGUUGGUUCCCAUCUUUAGAAUUUCCUCCUCAGAAAGGCUUGUCUGGCACCCUUCCUUUUCACAUGUUAGCUGUUAGCACUGGGUUAAAAUGACUUUCUUUACCUUGGUUUUUUAUCAACAACAAGGUGCUUUGCUGCUGCUGUUUUGUGGUCCUGGUUUUAUUGAUACUUGUUUAUUUGGUAGUUUUGCUGGAUGUUUUGGUUCACUUCAGUUGUAAACGUAACUUGUGAACCCGUUGGAUUAAAAAAGCUAGAUAUGCAUGUCUGAAUUAAAUAAAUAAAUGCCUUGGGUCUGUGGCUACUAUUGCUGCUGUUCUUGCUUGGGGGCAUGAGCAGCUGCCAAGGAAACUUAAAAGUUAUUUGAAGUUUGUAUUAGGAAAUAGAGCCCAGCCAAACAGUAUUAUAAGAGAUUGUGUCAACUAUUCUAAAACAGAUUUGAAUGGAUUUUACAGUAUUUGGUUUUUUUUUAAAAGACGGGUGUACAAUAUUUGAUAAGCCUAGUCGCUUUUUGCUUAUUUCUGCUCCUGAUGUUGGGACAGGAGUAGCUACUUUUGCUAAACUUUCAUUGAAGUUCAGUAUGAUUUUGGAAUGGUUGUUUGCUUCCAUUUUUCAAAAGGCCACACCUGAAAUAACCCAAGGGAAUCAAAACAGCAGCAAAAAAGUGGGAAAACACCACAUUACACUUUUAAAUUUUUAUUGUGCUGGGAAUAUUCACAAUUCAUUUUCAGCUCUGUGAUCUUGUUUUAUUUUAAAAAAACAAAAACAAAGAGUGCCUAGACAUUGUGUUGUUGCGACUGUAACCUAGGCUUCUUCUUAAAACACUUGCUAGACUUCGGAGAACCACAGGCAAUUAUAGGCUCUUUAUGCAUUGCUUAAUAACCUGUGGCAUAUGCUGCCAUAGAAGUGCCACAGAAUAGGCUGGUUUAUGUAGGGGGGUUUUAGGAGCACAUUAAAGAAGCAUGGAUACAUCAGUAACUAUUAACUAUGAUGGCCAAAUGGAACCUCUGAAUAUUAGACGGGAGGGGAGAGCUGGUUCCUUCAUUUUCUGAGUGUCCCAGAAGUGCUGGUUGCUAUGAAAAAGGAGGGGGGAGCCGAUUCACCCUUUGGGUCAGAUUCAUCAGGACAUCCCUGAGGCAGAGGGAAUGAAUCACACACCCAAAAGUCCUAAUCAAUUGAAAAUAAAAAGGCAGCCAAUAAAAGCACUCCAAAAAUCUUCACAAAACCAGGCACAGAUGCUAAUGGACCAGGGAGCCCAAGACAAAAAAGAAGGGAGGGGGAGAGGAGUACAGUGGUACCUCGGGUUAAGUACUUAAUUCAUUCUGGAGGUCUGUUCUUAACCUGAAACUGUUCUUAACCUGAAGCACCACUUUAGCUAAUGGGGCUUCCUGCUGCCACUGCGCCGCCACUGCACGAUUUCUGUUCUCAUCCUGAAGCAAAGUUCUUAACCCAAAGUAAUAUUUCUGGGUUAGCGGAGUCUGUAACCUGAAGCGUAUGUAACCCGAGGUUUUACAUGAAUUUUAACAGGGAGAAAUGUAAAGUAUUGCACUUGGGCAAAAAAAAUGAGAGGCACAAAUACAAGAUGGGUGACACCUGGCUUGAGAGCAGUACAUGUGAAAAGGAUCUAGGAGUCUUGGUUGACCACAAACUUGACAUGAGCCAACAGUGUGACGCGGCAGCUAAAAAGCCAAUGCAAUUCUGGGCUGCAUCAAUAGGAGUAUAGCAUCUAGAUCAAGGGAAGUAAUAGUGCCACUGUAUUCUGCUCUGGUCAGACCUCACCUGGAGUACUGUGUCCAGUUCUGGGCACCACAGUUCAAGAAGGACACUGACAAACUGGAACGUGUCCAGAGGAGGGCAACCAAAAUGGUCAAAGGCCUGGAAACGAUGCCUUAUGAGGAACGGCUAAGGGAGCUGGGCAUGUUUAGCCUGGAGAAGAGGAGGUUAAGGGGUGAUAUGAUAGCCAUGUUCAAAUAUAUAAAAGGAUGUCACAUAGAGGAGGGAGAAAGGUUGUUUUCUGCUGCUCCAGAGAAGCGGACACGGAGCAAUGGAUCCAAACUACAAGAAAGAAGAUUCCACCUAAACAUUAGGAAGAACUUCCUGACAGUAAGAGCUGUUUGACAGUGGAAUUUGCUGCCAAGGAGUGUGGUGGAGUCUCCUUCUUUGGAGGUCUUUAAGCAGAGGCUUGACAACCAUAUGUCAGGAGUGCUCUGAUGGUGUUUCCUGCUUGGCAGGGGGUUGGACUCGAUGGCCCUGGUGGUCUCUUCCAACUCUAUGAUUCUAUGUUUCUACACUGUAUAAUUUUAUGGAAUUGAAACUGUAAUACAGUAAAUACAAUUUAUAAGAAACAAAAGAAGCAAUUUGGGUACCGUUUGGAAAAAGAAAAGGGUUGUUUCCAAUCCUGAUCUGGAGGCUGCCUUCUACUUGAAAGUAAAUCCCUACAGUUCAGUGGGGUUUCCUCCCAAGUGAAGUGUGCAUGGAUGGGAACCUCAAUGGCUAAAGCUGUGUGUGUGUGUGUGUGUGUGUGAGAGAGAGAGAGAGAGAGAGAGAGAGAGAGAGAGAGAGAUUAUUAAGGCUAGGGUAAAAGGGCACAUAUUAGAUAUCUAAAUAUUUGUAAAUAUUAAUUAUUCAAAUGACUUACGGUUUUGGCCAUUUUUACAGGGUCUGAGCCCCAUUUACGUUUGUGGUGUCCAAUUAAGAAUUGCUUUUAAACAUGUGAUAUUAAAAGUGUGUCACUGAAGUGAAUUGUGAAUUAGUUCAUGCAUUUCAAAAAAAUAUAUAUAAAGUAUUGCUGAACUGCGAAGAAAAGGCAAUUAGCCACUUAUGUUUUUUGUGGCCGUAGCCUAGGUUCCAGGAGCCAUGUGGCAAAUAGCUGUUCUCUCCCAGUUUCUAACACUCCUUUCAGGUAGACAAUCCUAGUUGUCGUCAAGAACAUAGAUUUGGAGACAUCCGGCAAAGUUGCUUACACUGAAGCCAGACGUUGCAGGUGACAGCUCUAGUGCUGUAAAUUGAAAGCAGCAGAUAUAAUGGAGUUUUUCUAGCACAUGUCCUGAAGAAUGUUAACUGCUUGAUGAAUAUCCCAUGUAGGAUCAGACUUGGGACCUAUGGUGUGAUCCUGUGCAAAUUGAUUUGUGGAACUUAACCCACUCUACUGAGGCUAUGUGAGAACACCUCUUUAUGUGUAUGGAGGUUAGAAAAACAUUCACCAGCAUUAAUGCUGCUGGUGUUGGUGUGGGAUGUAAUCCACUGGGAGCAGUCAAAUACAACAUUCCUUGUUUUGCCAGAGUGGACAUGCAAGGGAAUGUUUGGUCCAGCCAGUUGAAACUGCAGUCACUAGGUCAACCCUUAUGGGAUAAACCUGUUAGUAUAAGUUUGUAACUUUAAGCCUAAAGCCUGCCUUCAGGGAUCACACUGUGCUUUGCCUGAUCGUGAGUAAACUUUCUUUUUGUUAAUUAUGAAUAAGACACUGGUGUCUUAAUUCUUUUAGGAGGGAUUCAAGGGGUUUUACCAGGAAAAUAUUAGAACACAUUUCAAUCUGGACAGGCCAGAUCGAAUUGCGUAUUGUCAAGAAACUCACACAAGUUUGCAACAAGUUUUCUGCUGUGUAAAGGAACUUGCUAGCGCAAGUUAGCAAGGAUGUUAAUAAACAAUAUAUCCUCUCCUGCCACCCUGAACGUUUCAACAGUUGGAAGUGGAAAUAAUUUUGCGCUAUUAGCACAAUCAGCAGCUUGAGUUGGAAGUUUGCUGGGUUUGGGCAAUGGGGCUUAAGUUGGCAAUGACCUUCGGUGCAGUCGCAAUGAAUAAUAUAUAAUGUAGCUUUUCUGGUUUCUGGGAUUGAGGAAUAUCAGUUCCUCAAGUUGAGAGGGGAAGGAGUUGGUGCAUUUCCCAUCUGCUAGAAAGUAGGUCGUUAAUUGUCAGGGAUGUAAUGCUUAGCACCUCAAUCCUUAGUAGAAGCUUUGUGUGUGAGGCAAUUAAUAGCAUCUCAUGCUGAGGUUCAUGCUUAACCAGUAGCUUGUACUAAGUGGUUAUGAUUGCAACCAUAGAUUUGCAUAAUACUGCAUUUAGUUUGGUAUUACUGAGCUACAGCAUAACCUGUAAAGAAAUCACCCCAUAAAAUAUUUGUAUAUUUGUUGAGCAGAAGCCUGAAAACCUGUGUGUGUUUGCACAAAUACACACAACCCAAGUGUUAGGCUAAAAGGAAUUCUGAUCUUACCUCCCCUUUUUUUUGCAGGCAGCAGCUGGCAUCUUGUGCUACGUGGGAGCCUAUGUCUUCAUCACAUAUGAUGACUACGAUCACUUCUUUGAAGAUGUUUAUACACUCAUCCCUGCAGUGGUUAUCAUAGCAGUGGGGACACUUCUCUUUAUCAUUGGUUUGAUUGGCUGUUGUGCCACGAUCCGGGAAAGCCGCUGUGGACUCGCUACAGUAAGUCUGAUGUUUGGAAAGGGUUUUCUGUUUGACACACUGGCAAGCGUUUCCUCAGAACUGCCAGUGUGUUUUGGAGCCUAAUAGUUGCUGUAAAUGCUACCUGUCUUUAUCAUAAAAUAAUUGCUUCUUCAAAUGCACCAUUUGGAAUGCUGAGUCAGCUUCCUAAGCUUAGUGUACCUUGUCUAAAGAAGCUGUAUGCUGAACUUGACCGUUUUGAUGUUUUUGAAAUGGUUGCUUCCUCAAAUUACCGGUAAAGACUCUUUAACACAAUGGGUAUUGAGUGCAUUCACCAUUACCAAAGGACUUUAUUAGAUUAUGUGGGUAUAACCUAUAAAUAGCAUAGUUAUAUCUUCACAAAACUGUAAGUUGCCAACAAAACAUGUUUUUUCUUGCAGUUUGUGAUCAUCCUUCUGUUGGUUUUUAUCACUGAAGUUGUGGUGGUUGUUCUGGGCUAUAUCUACAGAGCAAAGGUAGUUGUCUCUUCUUAAGUGCUAAGUAUUGUGGUUAACUGUGCUUAGGAUUCUGUAGCAUUGUAUUUCUGAUAAAUAAAAUUGCUGGAGGCUAUUGGAAUGGAAUUAUAGAUGUAAAAAUAAAGUGGGCACAUGCUAAGAAAAGUAUUUUAAUAUUUCAAAAAGAUAAAAAGCUAGAGAAAAAUAAGGUAGUAAGCAAAGAAUUUGGAUGACUGUAGCUAACAGAAUCCUUCAACCUUGGCAUUAUCAGUACCACGCUCUAACCUGCUGAGCUGUCCAGGAAGUUACUACUGUAUGCCCAGCUGCUGUUCUUAUGGCAUUCUAUUCUGCCUUUGUAGAAAUUUCUAAAAACAAAAACCCUAGGGUUAACACUGAACUAGACCCACAGAAAUUUCACUAAUUUCAAAGAGCUGGAUGAAUUUUAAACAAAUGUACAGUAUUAAAAUCUGUUUUUUAACAUCGUACAUCAUUUGUUGCUUUUUACGGGGCCUCAAACUCUUACUGGUCUCUCCAGUUUUUUAUGGUCAGAUGCUUACUGUUUAAUAUGUUUGUGUGCUGUUGUUUUGUGAGUUUUCAGUUGCGUUUUUGUUUACUGGUAUUGUUUGUUAUUCUACACCACUUAGAAUUUUUUUCAAUAUUAAGUGUUUAUAAAUGCUUUUAAGUAAAUCAUAAAAUCAUGGAAUUGUUCAGUUGAAUGGGACCACCUCAGUUAAUAAGUAGAUUUCAGUUUUAAAAAUUUCCCAAAGCUUUUCCCUUGAUUGAGGGAGGGUAGAAGCGAAGGAGACCAGAAAAUACACGAGGGUUGCAGACAUACCAGCUUCCGCACUAGAAGGCUGCUGUUUGCCUUCACCCCAUCCGUUAGUCUUCAACCCAUCUUUGCCCUAUUUGGGGGCCCCACUUAGAUCAGGCUUUGACCAAGUAGUGAGAACCAGCCAAGCCAAUCAGCUUGAAGCCUUUGCCCUCCAGCUGUUUUGAAUUCCAUUCAGCCCCCCGCCAGCAUGGCUCAAUGGACCAGGAUGGUCAGAGUUGUAGUUCAAAGCAUCUGAUCAGACCCAGGUUGGGCAAGGCUGGUAGAGGCUACCAUUUCCAAAUGGUGAGUCAGAGCAAUACAAGCAAAUACAGUUGCUUCCAGCUUGGGUGUUGCAUUCAAGGUACAGCAGCCUUGCUCUUCCUAUGGCAAUAGCCGUCUUGUGAGUGAGAAAAGCCCAAAGUCACCACCUGCCUUGCUUCAGAAGGUGAGGGCCCCCUAAGCGAUGCAUCAGGGAACUAUAACUGUACACACUGAUCAAUAGACUCAUAGAGGGAAUGGGGGCUCAGCAGGCCUCUAAAUGGGAUAACUUUAGAAAAGAACUUGCACUUGUUUGUUUUAAUAGGUGGAGGCUGAAGUCGAUCACAGUAUUAAGAAGGUGUAUGACACGUAUAAUGGAACUAACCCGGAUGCUGCGAGCCGUGCCAUUGAUUAUGUGCAGAGGCAGGUGAGAGCCAAUGUAAACACUGUCAAGGCAAGCACUGUACUGCUUCCUGAAAAGGGAAGAAGUCCACAUUUACAGCUCCUGGCUUGUUGCUUUCUAUAAGAUAGUGUUCCUCUUUUCCCUUGCCAACAAUGCUAGGGAGGAUGCUGUCAGAAGGGGUCUUCUGUUUUAGUUCUUGCAGGCAUUUUGCUUUCUGUGCAGAAGGAAAUUUUGAGUGUGGAGCAGCAUUUCAUCACAAGCUCCUGCCUGUAGCCUCAUCUGGGGAAGCCCAGGCUUACCGCCUCAGUGAGAACUGGCCUAAGUCUCUGGCUUGAAAGCAGCUAGAGGCACUCUGUGCAUGAUGUUGCUCACGUAGAAGGGUGCAGGUGUAUUGUUCACACAUGCUUUAUGUGCUGAAGUAUGUUAGUUGGAAGAUACCCAAUUGCUGCUCAUCUUUUGAGAUAGGAGUCUUCCUUUAUGAAGUAAGCAGAGGAGUCCUGGGACAUGCUGCCUCGCCCCACAGACCUUUAUGAUUUGCUAAAUAUGUAUCCCUUUUUAGUGAGCACAAUUUGAUUCACUGCGGGAAUUUUUCACCCUUUCUCUCCUUUGUAGCUGCGCUGCUGUGGGAUCCACAACUACAGUGACUGGGAGACCACAAACUGGUUCAAAGAAACGAAAAACAACAGUGUCCCUCUCAGCUGCUGUAAAGCCACCAGCAGCAAUUGCACAGGAAGUUUGACUCACCCCACAGACCUUUAUGCCGAGGUGAAUAGCUCUUUUGCUUAAGCUGCAAAAUUUGCAAGGAAAAGGAGCCACUCUGUGAGGUAGGCUAGGCUGCGGGUGCGCGGGCAGACCUGAUGCAAGGCCAUCCAGCCAGCAAGGCAAAGGUGGCUCUGAACCUAAAUGGUCUCAUAUUUUGUCUGCCAUAGCCUGCUGACUAUUACAUAUUGGCUAGCAAAUACCUUAAUUGGGACCUAUGGUUCCAUUAGAACCUAUGAAAAAAACCCCUCCCAUAUGCAUCUUAUUCUUUUCUCUUGGAAAAUUGAGGUAUGUGAUAACACUUCUGUAAGGGUUUUGCACUGUGUUUUCACCCAAGUGAUUUGUAUGUGAGUCCUCAUACGCUAAAACAAAAUGCUAUAAAACCCAGGUUAUCGCAGUGUAGAAAAGGAUGACACCAGCAGCGCCAUCCUUAAAAGGGUUCCGUGGAGAAGCACAAGUGCCAAGACUUGCUGUUGCAGGCAGUGCAUCUCAGCCCUCUUCUAAGGCAGCAACUGUAAGCAAGGGCUUGAGGACAGCUGUUUGUUUCUUGCCUUUCUGGUUAAUGCUUAGAACAGCCAAGGGUUCCCGUUUGCCUGGCAAGAGUACAGAGGACGCUGGAGGGCAGAGAGAGCAGUACACACAAUCUGCAGUUUUCUAAGCUUCAUAAAUCUAACAGACGGCAAAGGCUUUGGAUUGAGGAGAGGGGUGUCCCAGAAUGUAGCAUAAGCAUUUUAGAAGAGAAAUACUACCGCUAACAGCACCACUGGCUUGUUCUUUUUCCUUAAGGGAUGUGAGGCUUUGGUUGUAAAGAAACUACAAGAGAUCAUGAUGUAUGUUAUUUGGGCAGCUCUGGCAUUUGCUGCCAUCCAGGUAAGACUUAAAAUAUGUAACUUUUGAUGUGUGUGUUCUCCAUCUCCUACAGAGAUUUUUACAAAGCUUUCCCAUUUUCUCUGUAUUGUUCUGACCAGGUUUACCAGGCAAAAAAACCCUCAAAUAUCAUUCUGUCUCCAUACAUGAUGGUUCUUAUAUGGCCUCAUCUCAAUAUGGGCAUUUCUGGAAUUGCCAACACACUGUUUCUUCAAAGACUGGUUCAACAGUGUGUUGAACUAAGCACACAAACAUCUGCACAGAACAACUAGUCCUGAAGUAUUGACAAAAGUGAUAUUACACAUGGGACUAUGCAAUGUGCCCUUCCUAAAACUGGAUGGUUAAACAUCCAGUUCCGGAACAGAUUGAAGUAUGCCGGCAAGCAAAGAGGCUUUGCCUGUUGGCACAGUCCCAUCCCUGGUGGGGGCGGGGAGUAAGAUGCCAGAAGGAUUAUUCUCUCACCUAGGUCCUUGUCCAUCACAAGCUGUUCCAAGAAGCUAGGCAGGGAAAGGGUGCUUGCAGUUGAUUCUCCUCCCACCAGGCCUUCCCAUGUGGCCUGGUUUUCAUUAAACCACAUCCAUCUGACACCAGGUGUGGGAACAGGGAGAAUCGGGACCACACCAAGUCUUCAUUGCCGAGUCUUCAUUUUUCCUUUGCAAGAGAUAUUCUUUCAAAGAUUUUUCUUUGCAGCCUCUGCUUCAGUUUAAGCUGGGCUGCAAAGGAAGAGUUACCUGACAUCAGGUAAUUGACAAGUGAGCAGCUCCGCCCACAUGUUCAGAUGACCCAGAGGGAGAAUUUUGAAUCUGGCUUAUCAACCAGAUAAGCACUUUCCUUGAGUCCAAUUUACCUGGUGGUGGUUCAUGCUGAAAAGGCAUCAACACAAAUCAGAAGUUUGAACCUUUACCCUCUUUGCGAUAAUUUUAGAUGUACCAUUUUAGCAUGUUAUGUUUGAGAGGAAACUGAUCUCCAGUGAAAUUCUCAGAUAUUAUAAAAGCUGUAGUCAGGGUGCCAAACACUACUAAAUACUUGAGUGUGUUUGAACAUCAAGAUCUGCACAGAUACACAGAUGCUGUACUUUCUUAUAUUAAAGUGUGCACCGAUAAUGUAACAACAGAGAGGUGCAUCAGAGUCUAUGGGAACUGCAAACCCUGGAUGACUGCUGAAGUAAGGUCACUCCUGAAAGCUUGGGAUACUGCCUUCAAGGCAGGGAACAUAGAUAUAUACAGAGGGGCAAGAACAAAGCUCAGGAAAGGUAUUAAGGCGGCAAAACAACAAUAUAAGCUUAGGGUGGAGAAUUGCCCUAGCUGAUAACAACAGGAAACAAGUGUGGCAGGGACUGCAGCAUCUAACCAACUACAAAGGCAAUACGAGGAACACUGUUCAGGCUGAUGAUUUGUUGGCAGAGGAGCUUUGCCCGCUAUGAGGUAAAAAGAUCAGGUAUCAUAGUUCUGCCUGCCAGCCUACAAACUCUCAGCCACUUAUUCUGUAUGACCAUCAAGUAAAAGCUGCAAUGGGGGCGGUGAAUCCCAGUAAAGCUGCUGGUCCAGAUGGGGUGCUGGGGAUAGUGGUAAAAAACUGUGCCGAUCCACUAGCAGGGGUCUUGACAAGGAUUUUUAACAUCUCUCUGCAAACUGCUUGUGUUCCAUCAUGUUUGAAAGCAGCCACCAUUGUCCCAGUCCCAAAGAAAACAGCAACUAACUGCCUAAAUGACUACAGACCUAUUGCAUUGACACCUGUAGUGAUGAAAUGCUUCGAGAGAUUGGUCCUUCAACACCUUAGGACAUGUUUUCCACUGGAUUUUGAUAAACAUCAGUUCACCAAUAGGAGAAACAGGUCAACAGAUGAUGCCAUAGCCACAGCCUUUCACCUUGCGGCGAGUCAUCUGGAGAGACCGGGGAAUUAUGUUACAAUGUUGUUUAUUGAUUAUAGCUCGGCUUUUAAUACCAUCCAUUCUUAACAAAAGGCUGACCUAGAACUAGACCUUUCUUCUACCAUCUGUGACUGGAUUAAAGACUUUCUGAGGGAUCGUACACAAAACAGUGAGGAUUGGGCCUGUUACAUCUACCUCCCUGAAGCUCAGCACUGGCACCCCACAGGGAUGUGUGCUGAGUCCCUACCUGUAAUCGUUGUAUACAUAUGACUGUAUUUCAUCUGAUCCAUCCACUGCAAUUAUUAAGUUUGCAGAUGAUACUACCAUAAUUGGUCUAAUUACAGGUGGAGAUGAAUCAGUGUACAGGAGGGAGGUUCAAAAAGUAUCUACAUGGUACCUAGAGAAUAACUUGCACCUAAAUAUUAUCAAGACAAAGGAGAUGGUGUUGGACUUUCGGAGGAAGAGAGGGGAACUAGCCGCGUUGUAUAUCGGAGGGUUGUGUGGAGAGAGUCUCUUUCCUUAAAUUCCUGGGAGUUUACCUUAGUGAAGACCUCACUUGGAAAAACAAUAUAACUCAGGUGGUUAGGAAGGCCCAACAGAGACUCCAUUUCCUCGGGUUCUUGCGAAAGAACAAUGUUAAACAACAAUUGAUGACCUCCUCCUACUGGUCCACAGUAGAAAGUGUCCUCUCAUAUUAUAUCACAGUGUGGUACGUUGGCUUGACAGCCACGGACAGAAAGUCUGUAUAGAGGGUGGUGAACACAGCACAUGAUAGCAUGGGCUGUCCCCUGAGCCCGCUAGACAAUAUCGCAAGGGAUCGUUGCCUUAGGAGAGCGAGAAAAAUUCUCAGGGAUGAUUCACACCCCGGCCAGCACCUCUAUAAUCUUCUGCCCUCGGGCAGGAGAUAUAGAAGUAUAAUCAGUUGUAAAGGUAAAGGGACCCCUGACCGCUAAGUCCAGUCGUGACCGACUCUGGGGUUGCGGCGCUCAUCUCGCUUUAUUGGCCAAGGGAGCCGGCGUACAGCUUCCGGGUCAUGUGGCCAGCAUGACUAAGCCGCUUCUGGCGAACCAGAGCAGCGCGCGGAAACGCCGUUUACCUUCCCGCCGGAGCGGUACCUAUUUAUCUACUUGCACUUUGAUGUGCUUUCGAACUGCUAGGUUGGCAGGAAUAAUCAGUUGUACCAACAGGCUAAAAAAAAGUUUCUAUCCGUGGGCUGUUAGGCUGCUGAAUGGAAAAUAAUAUGGUGCAACUGACUUUCGGGGUUGGUGUGUUGUACGACAAGCACACAGAGAGCAAGGAGAUUGAGUGUAUGGGGGGGGAGGCUCAGUUAAUUUCAUUGUACACAGGUUGUACAUUGACAAUAAAGGUAUUAUUAUUGUUUUAUUAUUGUUUUUAUUAUUAUUAUUAUUAUUAUUAUUAUAAUACUUGAACUUUCCCUACAGAAAACACAUGGCAACCAAUGACAGCGGUUUUCCCCAUGAGGCCUCACUGAAUAUCUUUCUCCUGUUGUGAGUCAGGGCACUUGUGUGAUUGAUAAACAUGCCUAGUGUGCCUGUGCCAAGUUCUGCAUAUAUCACAGCCACAGAUUUGAACUCUUCCUGCUGAGUACCAGAACCAGAUAUGCGUGCAGGUUCCUGCAUGUGCCAGGUGGCACCCCCCCUCCUCUUCAGCUCAUGGCAGCCCCCAUGGUGGGUUGAUUCCUAAAACCUCUGGUGCUAAAGGGAGUUGCAAAUAGCAAGCACUUCUGAUUCUGAAUGAAACACAGAAGAAAUGAGGGAUUGCACAAUGGAAAGUAGCUUGAAGGGAGAGGUCUGGCAAUACCCUCCUGAAACAGAACGGCUUGAAUUGCGUCUGUGUGGUGUCUAGGCAGCUUUCAGAAAGCCAAUACCUGGUACAAAUAAUGCUCCUGUGUUCUCAGUUUCCUUCUCCUCUUCUCUGCAGCUGCUGGGUAUGCUGUGUGCCUGCAUUGUGCUCUGCAGGAGGAGUCGGGACCCUGCUUACGAGUUGCUAAUCACAGGAGGAACCUACGCAUAGAAGAAGCUGCAAACCUAAGCUUGAACUCCAUUUUCUCCACUUCGGAAGGUGGCUUGCCUGAGUCAGCUGCAGCAGUUCCUUUGCUGGCUUUGACUGGGUGAAAGUCCAUUUUUCAUAAACUGGGAAGACAGGCACAUUCACUGGUGAUGGGCAAAGGCUUUUGGUUACUGUGACCCCCUACUACCUUAGCCAACUUUCCACAUAUCUAGACAUCAUAGUAACCAAGUAAACACUAUUUUGAGGCCAUUAAGUAGGGGAAGAGAGCAGCUUGGCACAAAAGCCAAAGGUAAAUUUGGUAAGUUACUGCUAGAAGUUGUACUGAUUUGAUUCUUGUAUGUGGAGUCCUUCCGAUCUUCACUGAGCAAUUGGCCAAAGUCUACACGAGGGAAGUCUGGUACCUUAAUUUUGCAACACCUUCUUUCCCACCCCACCCCCCUUUUUGCCGCUUGCCUGUCACCAGUGUUUGUUGAGCAUUACGUCAAGUCCAGAACAUGACAACAUGACUACUAACCAAAAUUUUAGAAUCACACGAGUGCAUCUCUUGACCUUAAAUUCAAAUGAACAAAUCUUCCAAACUUUUAGUGUGUUAAAGUACAGGCUGGCUUUUCAGGAGUAUAAUGUAUGCACUACUGUUCUAUAAUGAAUAUUUCAUUUUUUCUAUGAAAAGGCUGUUGAUGUGUUGAGUGAAUUGUUAUCAUAGAGUAGCAAAAUAGUAUGUGAAAGUGAAAUGUAAAUAGGAAACCUGAUUAAAUAAAUUGUCUGUACAUCCCUCUCCAAACUAAAUCAUGCUUAACUAUUUUUUAUCAAUGCCUCACUCUUAAGAUAUUUAUGCUUUUCGUUUAUGUAAAAGAUGGGGCAACUUGUACCUGUGGGGAUAAUAUCCAAAGCCCCCCGGAUCCUGCCAGCUCAAACCUCCCUCCCCCUGCAGCCUCUGGGGAAGAGGGGUGGGCUGCUCUGCUUUGUGCUCUGGUCCACCCCCCCCCCCAGUGCUCCCCUCAGCCACAUCCUCCACCAGCGUGUGGCCCCUGGACAGGUUCCCCCGAGGGAACGCGGCUGUGGAUAGACAGAAAGAAACUCCUCAUCUCUGAUGUGUAACCAUAAUUAAGCAUUUGUAACAGACUGGUGGCGCUUUUGGGGUGUUUGACACAACAGUCUAUCUGGCUGCAGCAAUGACUUAAUUGCUUUUUUUUUUUCUUCCAAAACCCUUUGGGCUAAUCUGUCCUCCCUGAGCCUGUAGCAGUUGGUGGGUUUACACAUUCAAAUUAAUAGAUUAAGAAAUACGCCCCAGCAUCUGGAAUGUGGAACUCCUAACAGCAAUGAGUUUCAAGGAGAAGCCAGCUCUGAGCAAGUAUAGAUCAAAGGCAGUCCCUUUCUUGAGUGCCGCUUGGGUCCCACAUUUUGCCCCCUCCGCCCCCCCGCCUCCUUGCUCAGCUUAGUAUUGAAUAUCCUAAGCCUACAGUGGCCAUUUAGUGUCACUUGCAGUGCCGAGAUCUGAGGCACCUGCCAUUUUCCAUUCAGAGGCAACACUUUUCUCAUAUCUCCCAGCCCCAUUGUCUGAUCCCACUUCUGGCUGGGAGAAGGGUGAAAGAUCACCACUUUCCCAAGCAGCUCCUCCACUGGCCUCUGUCUGCUCCCUGCAGCCAAAUCCCCCUUCCUGAAUGCCACUGGUUGAAGUCACCCGGAGCACAAGCCUUUUGUCAUACAGCACCUCCCCUGCACACCAUCCGUCAAAUCAAAUUACAAAUCCUGACAAGGGAGCCAAAGGAACCAGCUUUCCUCUGGGUCCAGCUGCAAAGAAACCUUCACCAGAGGCUUUUGUUUUGACUGAAGUGGGGAUUAAGCUGCACCAGUGACAGGCCUUAUUCUCCAAGCUCAUCAGCUAAUAAACACCCAUGUUAUUUCAAAGGAAAUAAGCCUAUUUUCAUGUCCUUUUCUAUUGAAAGAGCAGUAGUUGAAGUACAUGUAUCUUAAAAGAUUUAUCCAUAACUGCAAGUGAAGACAGUGGCAGACUCACCCGAGGAAGAAGAAAAUAGGAGAAAGAUUGACUCCUAACAUUUUAAUAAGGUUCUCUAUAAUGCCAGCUAAUGGAAUUCUGCGGGAAGAGGAAGAAAUGUAGUCAUUGGAAUUUCCUGCAAAACAUACCUACAAAAAGUGCUUCAGGUGUGAUCUUCCACUAUUGUGCAAUGCCAGCAGUUAUGAAGUGAUCUGGACAAGGAAUGUUGGGGAAGAACAUCAUUCAAUAUAUGACCACUUGUCUAGCCGUGGGACUAGUGGGACUAGAGAGGGAGCUAUGUUAGUCUGUUGCAGCAAAAGGAACAGCCUUGUGACAUCUUGAAGAUUAGCCACUUCAUAAGAUUAUUAUUAUUCAUUGAAUUUAUAUACCGCCCUAUACCCAGGGGUCAUAGAAUCAUAGAGUUGGAAGAGACCACAAGGGCCAUUGAGUCCAACCCCCUGCCAAGCAGGAAACACCAUCAGAGCACUCCUGACAUAUGGUUGUCAAGCCUCUGCUUAAAGACCUCCAAAGAAGGAGACUCCACCACACCGUCUCAGGGCGGUUCACAGAAUAUGCCAUGAUGAACUUGUCUAGGCUUAAAGGUGCCCACAAAAGUGUGUUUUCUCUGGCCAGAGGGUUAUGGUUUGAGCUGUGGGGCCUGCCACUCUUAAGGCUCAGCUCCACAUAUUAAUCUGAAGACGGCGUUAGGGAGAAGGAAGCCACUGUUACUCCUAACAUUUCUGUUCCUCUGAUUUGAGCACUUGGCAUUGUGCAGCUAUCUUUGGAUGGACAAGAGAUAAAUGUAGCUGAAAGACACAUGAUACAUGGUUUGCAUGAAUUGGAUGUAGUGGUGUGGUAAUUUAGCAAUGGGAAAUUAGGCAGCUAUAGUAGUAUUAGGUGGUCUUGGAACAGCAAAAGUCUUGUCCAAACUCUCAGUCUGUAAAAUGACAAGCUAAGAGAGCUUAACAGAAAAUUACACCAUUCUGCUCAUUGCAAUCUAUUUUUUAUUUUAAAACUUUUGGAUAUGCUGUUAAAUGAUAUGUCUGCAAUUAAAUACUUUAGACUACAUUUUUAAAAAUAUAACAUCGUUAAUGUUUUACUUGUAACAUAACUUUCAUCAGUGAAACACGGAAAAUUCAUUGACUUUUUUGUUUAAAACAUAUAUUAAAUUACCCUCAGUAUUCACAUCACUUGCCGUCUCACACAACCCUGUCAGGUUACAAGACCAUUCUUGUCUCCUUCCUUUUUCAUUUCUUAAAGGCACCUGCUUCCUUUCUAUACCUUUAGAGUCAACCCCAAAGCACAGGAGAUGCUCUCCCGCCUCCCUCCCAAAGCAAGCAAACUGUGCCUCCAGAGCAAAGCUGGACUGAGUUCCCAGGUGACUUGUUUCUGCGCUCUCUCCUCGUGUAGCUCCUGCAUGCGGUGCAACUGGGCGGCAAAUAAAUGCUGGCAUAGUUUGGUGUGGAUGGCUCAGAAGGGGCUCAAAAAGGCCCUUGCUCAGUCUAUCCAACCCGUGAGCAAAUUUGUGGAGGGCAUGAGACUUCAGGGUGCGCAUACAUAGUUGGCUUCCAUUGGGAGAUGAGUACGUCAGUAGCCUUAGGACACCUGCAGGAAUCUGCAAGUUGAAAGAAUUUACAGGAUGGGUUUCUUUCUAUCUAAUGAAAGAAACGGUCUGGCGUGUCAUUGCAAGAGGGGUCCCUGGAACAGGUCAUGGGAGUAUUUCUCAGGCCUUCCACUUGCUGCUUGCCACUUGUAAAGUGGUACCUCGGCUUUCGAACAUCUCCGUUGACUAACAUUUUGGUUUUCGAAUGCCAUAAACCCGGAAGUAGAUGCUUCGGAAAUUCAACAUGCCACACGGCUUCCGCUGAGUGCAAGAUCCUGAGGCUUAGCUGUCAGCUGUUGAGUUUUCGGUUUUCAAACGUUUCAGAACUUGAACGGUCUUCCAGAAUGGAUUACAUUCAAAAACCGAGGUACCACUGUAUUCAAAUUCUCAGCUGCUGGUACCCUAAACUCAAGCUGCGGCAGAAACCCGUGUUGGCACCCCAGUGGAACAACUGCAAGUGCAUUUCCUCUCCCUCCAAAGGAGCUUUUGAUCCCAGGCAGCUGAGAAUUUGAAUGAUUGCUGAGUGCAGCUCCAAUGACAGCUCCCCACCUUCAUUUCCAGGGGGCAACUGCAGAGCCAGGAAAGGGCUGGUUUGAUCUAUGUGCUUUGGGUUCCGUCUGCUGGAAAGAAGAGGAACGACACCAGCACCAAGACAUCCCUCCAGAGUGGCACUUCAAAUGGCUGCGUUGCUGCCCAGUUGGGCUGCGUUGCAACAAAAGGGUCUUUUAGAGAGGUCCUCUGUGGAUCCCUUAUGAGGCCAUCAUCUUAGAAAUCAUAAACCUGGGGUUGCUAACCUGUGCCGCUCCCAACUCCCAUCACACCCAACCAGUGGUCAGGGAUGACAACGAGUUGCAGUUCAGCAACAGCAGGAAGACUGCAAGUUACCAAAGCCUGCUAAAAUAGGGGUGUAUCUUGUAGUUGUGCUGUUUUGUUUUUAGCAGCAUGGGACACUAGGCAGCAAUCUCUGUUAAAUUUAAGUGUAGACCCAUAGCUCUUCAUUUAAUGACAUUCACAAAGAUUAUUAAAAGGCGUAUCUGGAGGGGGGGUUGGAGAAGGGAAAAUCCAAACACUCCAGGUUGCUCCUCUCAUCAAAGUUUUUCCAGAUAAGACCCAGGCACAAAUCCUUGCUUUCCGUUCUGUUCUGCAGUCCACCAGCCAUCAUCGCCUACUUCAAUGAUGGAGAUGACAUCACCUGCUUGGAUAUCCAGUUCAUCCUCAUUCUAGAAAAAGAGAACAAAUGGAGGACUGAAGAGAGGUUUGCUCCAGCAGCAGCUGGAAGGUCCCAGGCUUCUCCAUCACCAUCCCAGGUAGAAGGCUAGGCCAGAUCCCUUCUGCCUGACUCCCUUGUUGUUCAGGUGGAGACAGCAUUUUGCUGCUGUUGGUCCAUGCUUUCCCCACACCUAUAGUUGGGAGUGGAGCUGCCCAGUCCCACCCAGGGGCUGCUACAGGUGCUCUGAUGGGUGGGCAACCUUGCUCAGCCAGAGGCAAAAGUGGGUGGAGUAACAAGACUAAAGUUUUCCUUUGCACAUUAGACAGGCUUCUGCACACACACACACACACACUCUCCAGACAAGCAAGGGAGGUUAUCGGAUAUCAAGGACACAUUCAUGCCAGGCAAAAACAUUCCAGGUUUGAAGCAGAGCUAGUGGCUGGGAAGUGGAGUGUUGCCUGGGAAGAGUUUGGAGGGCCAGGUAAAGAGACCUGGAGGGCCACAAUCAGCCUGUGGCCUUGAAGUGCCCCCCCCCCCGGCCCUGCAUACCACAAAGGGCCAAGGAGCCCCUGCAGCCUCUUCCCCCUUUUUCAGAAUGUUAAUUUUAGUAACAAGCACAACCUUAAGCAAAAUUAAGUGACUGACUGACCAAUUAAUUAUAACUUAGUUGAUAGAUCAACACGUUUCUUUAAUCAGGUGAUGGCCUUCCUUUUCGUUAAUGUAUGCUAAACUCUAUAACCUGGGUACCAUGACCCAAAUCAAAUUGUGAACAUACACAGCAGCCAAAGCUGCUCUGGGUACCAGGCGCCCAGACGGAGCUCAUUGCUGACUUGUGACUUUGGUGCCCACAAAGCGUUUCCUUACCUGGAGCUCUAGCAGCUGAUGGAGCUGCCAUUCAACUUCCCAACAUGAAGACCAUCUGCAGCAUUGUGGAGAACAGCAGCAGCAGCAGCAGGACCCAACAGCCCUGCUCCCAGCCACCCUGUGAGGCCAGGGGCUUGUCACUUUGCCCAGGAACCAGCUCUGAUAGCAGUGGGGCUUUAGGAAAUCCUACCCGCGGGCUCUUUGCCUUGGAGUGUGGAGUAAGGGAUCUUGAGGUAGUUCUGCUGUGCUCCUGGGCUUCAGCUGAUGUCUCCUGAUUUUUCACUGAUUUUUCUUCAAGGCCUACAUGAGCUCCCAGUACGUUUCUGAGCACAAUUCAAAGUGUUGGUGCUGACCUUGAAAGCCCUAAACGCCCUCGGUCCAGUAUACCUGAAGGAGCGUUUCCACCCCCAUCGUUCUGCCCGGACGCUGAGAUCCAGCGCCGAGGGCCUUCUGGCGGUUCCCUCAUUGCGAGAAGCAAAGCUACAGGGAACCAGGCAGAGGGCCUUCUCGGUAGUGGCGCCCACCCUGUGGAACGCCCUCCCGUUAGAUAUCAAGGAGAUAAACAGCUAUCUGACUUUUAGAAGGCAUCUAAAGGCAACCCUGUAUCAGGAAAUUGUUAAUGUCUAAUGUUUUACAAUUUUUUAUGUGCUGUAAGCUGCCCAGAGUGGCUGUGGAAACCCAGCCAGAUAAGCAGGGUAUAAAUAAUAAAAUUACUACUACUACUACUACUGCAUGCAGAGAGAUCAGAGGAAGAGCUCUCUCUGCAGCUCCCAUUUCUUGGGAUAGUUUAACUGGAACUGCUUUGUGGCUUUGUGUUUAAGGAUUUUCAUCCUUGUUUUUGGGAUCACGAAAGCGGCCUGCGAGGGAGCACGUCAGCUGUGCAUGGCCUCCACUUAAAGGCAAUUCAUUCAAUCAAUCAGCCAAUAAAAAUAAAACCACAUUUACCUCCUGG